AUGCGAACAUUGGAAUGGGAUAAUAUGGGAAUGAAAAUCGAUGGUCGACAGUUACAUUAUCUUCGCUUUGCUGAUGGCGACGACCUUAUAACACGAAAAAUUAGCCAAGCGGAACGCAUGCUUGCCAACUUUGAUAAAGCCUGUUUUUCGGUUGCCUGCAUCUCGUGCGAUUCCACGCUGGCGUAUGAGCUCGAGUGUUUCUGGAGGCAGACGUCUCUUUUUGACUUUCGAACUCUCAACUUUCAAAGCGCUAACGUGAAGAUGUUGAAUGAGCCGAUGGUAUUCCUCAUCGAUGUUAUCGACAACGGCAUCUACCCAACAGCCAAUGAAUUGAAUGAGUCCCAGUUAGCCGCUCACCCUGUUCGUUCUAUUCUAAUCCGUAUGUUUCAAUGUGAAAUUCUUCUUGGUCCAGUCUUGGCGUUGAAAUUUCCAAUGAUGACCAUGAAGAAUAUAUGGUCUUCUUUGUAA